AUGGACAACAUCUCCUCCUUCUCAUCUUUCUCUCUCGUAGCUCUAAAUGGCACCAGCAGGUCCAGCAGGAUCACUGCAUUCUCUUUUGCCUUGCCAGGCUAUUUUGUGACUAUUUUUGUGAACUCCGCUUUGAUUUGCAUAAUUGUUCUGGAGAAAGUUCUCCACAAGCCUAUGUAUAUUUUUUUGUGCAAUUUAAGUAUAAAUGGAUUAUACGGAGCUACAGGAUUUUAUCCACCUCUGCUGUAUUAUUUACUAAAUGAAACCAACGUAAUCUCUUUGAAAGAAUGUGCCAUUCAAAGCUUUGCCAUUUUCACCUAUGCAAUAGGUGAGUUUACUAAUUUGUGCAUAAUGGCAUUCGAUAGAUACUUAGCAAUCUGCAGACCUCUGUACUACCAUACUGUCAUGACAACAGUCACUAUUUGGAGGCUGCUGACUUUCAUUUGGAUGUUUCCCUUCUGCACUGCAAUACUGAUAAUACUGAUGACGCUCAGGUUUCCCAUUUGCAUGAAUCAGAUAAACAAACUGUACUGUGAAAACUGGGUCUUGGAGAGACUUGCCUGCAGGGUGGACACCGUUCAGUUUGUGGUUAAUGGAAUAUUAACAUGUGCCAUUAAUGCUUUGGUAUGGUUUGUGUUUUUGUCUUAUGUAAAAAUACUGAUUGCUUGUAAGCACUCUGCUCAAAGCCACAAGAAGUUUGUAACCACAUGUCUGCCACAUUUGAUAGCCUUUUUGAAUUAUGUGGUCUGGUCUCUUUUUAAUACACUAUAUGAGCUGUUUGGAACUGGCAGUCUACCUCAGAGUUUUAAAAACUUCUUGUCGGUUUCAUUUUUGAUCAUUCCACCUCUGGUUAAUCCUAUAAUAUAUGGAAUUAUACUAACACCUAUUAGGACUAAAGCAAAAAAAAUAUUCCAAAGUUUAAGAUCAAAUCAUACAGAUUGA